UUCACGUUUAAGCCACGUGACACAUGAUCCCUUGAGAUCCAGUACACUCUCUCCCAUCAUGUUUACACACUUUCCAAAAUUCAUAUUUGUAAACUCCCCUGCGUUUUCAAGUUUACAUACAAGUUCUUUGUGCUAUCAUUACAAAUCAAUUAGGAUGCGGCGGAACCGAAGCGUGCGGAUGACGCGCCACCAAGGAGCGUUUGCAAAUGGUUUUUUCUCUAUGGAAUCCUUGAUUAUUGCUUUAACCCAUUAUAAAUGGCAGCCCAUGUAUCCCAUCGCAAAGUUUUGUUCUCAACACAACAGCACACUCUCUGCAACAUGCAGCGCACCAAAAAAACAGGGAUGGGUAGGAGAACAGGGAAAGACUCCAAAUCUUACACGCUUCCUUCCUCGCCUUCCCAUUCAUUCUCUUCUUCUUCUUCUUCCGACUUCGAGUUCAGCAUCUCCAUUUCCCCUCGAAAAUCCUCUGCUGCCCUCUGUCCCGCCGAUGAGCUCUUCUACAAGGGCCAGCUCCUGCCUCUCCACCUCUCCCCCCGCAUCUCCAUGGUCCGUACCCUUCUCCUCUCCUCCUCCAGCACCUCUUCCUCCUCCACCGACACCACCGCUACCAAUGGCGGCGCCCGUGACUCCACCGGCAGCUCCGCUGACUCGCAGUCUUCCUUCAUCUCCGACCUGGCUAUUUUCCCCGACUGCGACUCUUCCCGCCCCAGUUCAGUAACAGAGGAUGACGAGUUCAAGCGUCUUCAUAACCCCUCCUCUUCCGUUAAUCAACAGAGCCAUGUCAAGAGGUCCAAGUACUUCUCUUUAUCAAGAUUCUCCUCUGUUUUCCGCAAAGACUCCGGUAAGAGCCGUGACCCGGAUUCCGUGUCCGGCUCGUCGGUGAAGCGGAUGAGCGCGACGGCGAGAGAGGUCAUAAGGAAGUAUUUGAAAAAGGUGAAACCACUGUACGAGAAGUUGUCCCAGAAGCAGCAGCAGCAGCAGCAGAGGACGGCGCUGUCGUCAGUGUUGGCCAAAACAGAGAGAUCGGAGAAGGAAACAGAGGUCGGAGGGAAAACAGGGGGUGUUGGCGUCCUUGCUCAUUCUUUCUCAGGGAAUCUGAGAUACCCCCGAAGGAAACGCUGCGUUUCUAGCUGUCCUUCGUCGAUGAGGUCGUCGCCGAGCCACUCCGGUGUGCUGUCUCGAAGUGGGUGGCCGGGCAGUGGGGCAGGCAGGGCUGCUGGGGGAGGCGGAGCAAUGUAUUGUGGAGACGCGUCUUCCAUGGAAGAGUUGCAGAACGCGAUCCAAGGUGCAAUCGCGCAUUGCAAGAACUCUUUGAUUGAUCAGAACAAGGCAAUGGUCAGCAACGAGAUCUAAUCCAAUAAGCCAAAAUGGUUUUCGUGAUCUCUUUCUCUGUUGUCAGUCUUUCACGAUCUCAUUAACAUUAACAGAUUAAAAAAAAAAUUGGCCUUUUUUUUUUUACUUGUCCUUUUUUCCUCUCUGUUUUCUCUGUGAGAAACUUGACAUAAAAGCGAGGCUAAAAGCUGCAUGUGACUGUACUAUCAGUAAAUUUUCCGAUCUGUAACGAUAAGUUGGCAGCAUCCUGUCAAAACAAAUUAUAGGGGGAAAUGAUUCGCAAGCGUUUAGAACAAAUAAGAUGAGAUAGUUAGCAGUUGAUUGGUUCUGGAUUGCAGCUGAUUGGGUUAUAAUCCAAUAGAAUGGGAUGUGUAAAAUUGUAUAUAGAAUGCAUGUGCGUGAGAUGGGAGGGAAUUACAUGGGACGUGUUCGGCAAUGGGAUAAGGCGGUGUUGUAUUUAAA